UUUUGGUUUAUCAAUUAUUUUUUAAAACGUGCGUUACUGUGUGUUUGUUUAGGUUAAUUUUAGUUUGGAAUAUAGACAUAGUUAAGUAUUCUAAUUUUUUUGUUGUAUUUAAUGGAGAAAUUUGUGUCGUCCCUGAAGCGAUGCAAGAAUGAUGCUGUAUUGUUUCAUCCUCUUAGGAAAAUUAAAUACAAUCAACUUAAAACAAAAUUAAAGUCAGUGCUGAAUGAAAACGUAAUUUUUGGACAAGAUGAAACAACAGACAAAAAGAAGAAGAAAUCUUAUUCUAAUUUACAGCUAGAGAAGAUUAAGAAAAGUAACUUACAGGAACUUGUCACUGUUGUAGAAAAAACACCCAAAAAAAGUGGAAACAAAGUCUCCAAAUCAAAAAAGAAAAACAAGAAUUUGAAGAUAAUUGACCAACCAGAGGCUGUCAUCAAGAAACAGAAAGAGAAGUUGAAAAAUAAGGUAAAAUCUUCAGGUACUAAUGUUAAGAAGAAAGAAAAUGCAAGAAAUGUUUCUGAUACUAAUAAUGCAAAUAUUUUGGAAGUUCACGCCCUACAGAAAAUUUUCCAGGACAAUGAGUGUUUCACUCUAUUAGACACAACAGCAGACAGUAGUGUUUUAGAUGAAUAUUUGGAAAAUGAACAGUCUUCGUUCGUAAACAUGUAUAGUACAAGUUCACCAGUAGUUGUUCGGAAUAAGCGUAAACCGGCUGUCACUCACUGUAUGUUACAAGACUUUAAAAAGAAACAGAAAAAGAAAGUAAAAACUUCAGGUUCUAAUGUUAAGAAGAAAGAAAAUGCAAGAAAUGUUUCUGAUACUAAUAAUGCAAAUAUUUUGAAAGGUAACAACAACCUACAGGAAAUGUUCCUGGACAGUGGGUCUUUCAGUCUACAAGACACAACAGCAGAUGGUAGUGUUUCAGAUGAGCAUUCAGAAAAUGAGGAGAUAUAUUUUGUAAACAUGGAUACUACAAGUUCGCCAAUAGUUGUUGACAGCAAGAGUAGACCUGCUGUCACUCACCGUAUGUUGCAAGAAUUUGGAAGGAGCUCAAAUAUAAAUCAAAAUGAUUCAGAUGAGGAAUUCUCCUCCGUUUUGUCAUGUUUCCGCAAGUUUAAAAAUAGCAGUAACGUUGUUCUGGAAACUUGUGAGUUGAGUCCCUCGUGCACCAUACAGGUUAAUUCCGCUCCGGAUGAACAGAGUCCAGUUACGAAAGUGAAACAACCCAUGGUAGUUCCAGACAAAAAUCCACUGCUAAGGUUGCACAGAUUGCCGAACCGUAGUUGUGCCAUGACGAUGAAACAUCCCUGCGAUGUGUACGUGCGAGGGCAGGUGAAAGUGACGGUGUUGAAAGGAGCUGUUGAGAUACUGGGAUUCAAGGCCACGCCGGAGAACAGCGAGAGUGGUCUGAACGUGUUCAGCCCUCAGAGGUGCAUGUGUGUGAGUAUAGUGUCGUGCAAGCCGCAAGAAGGGGCACAAGAUAACAGCUACAUCAAGAAGCUCGAGGCUCUAAAAGCGAGUUACAGCAAACUGCUCAAGGAGUGCGUUGCUAGUGACUGUGUGCUGUUGCUGCAAGAAACAUCCAGUGUUCUCACCAAGUAUCUGAACAGACAUUUCCCCAUUGAUUUAUUCCCAAAAGUUUUCUCUGGCAAUGAUAGGAAAUUCUACAAGGAAGAAAAUCUACUGCAGUGCCAAUUUGAGUUGCCGGGCACUGGUGUGAACGUAAGCCAUUUAACCAGGAAAGACGAGUGGGAACAAGUUAUUUCAGAUUCAUUACUUUUUGCUGGUGGAUCAAAGACUGUCGUACUAGGAGGGAAAGGUGUCGGGAAGUCAACAUUCCUACGCUUCCUGGCCAACUCCUGGUUGUCGAAAAACGAUGCUGUACUGUGGCUGGACUUUGACCCGGGCCAGGCGGAGUUCACGGUGCCAGGCUGCUUGUCUGCCAUUUUGGUGAAGAAACCUCUUUUGGGUCCCAACUUCACUCAUCAGACCACGCCGAUCAGAAUGGUGUUUCUUGGUGAUAUUGACGUUUCAAGAUGUCCAUCAAGGUACAACAGUUGUGUUGAGCAUAUUGUCCAGUACUGUCUCUCUCAACCAGACUUGCAAAACAUACCUUGGCUCAUAAACACUAUGGGAUACAGCAAAGGUCUUGGCGUAGAACUAGCCAUCAGUAUGAUUCGUGUUCUUCGCCCAACUACUGUGAUACACAUCGAGAGCCAGCGCAGAGCGCAGAACUUUGCCCAGCCGUUGAGGAGCGGCUUUGUCAACAACCACGUGUCCAUUUGGAAGAGUGGUUUUACUGCGUGUGACUUGGACUAUGCUACUUUCAUCCUCCCAAGUGCAGUCAAGGACAACUCUAACAGUUCACCGGGCUUGAAGCCGCGCGAUGGCCGCGAGCUCGCGGUCUUGGCGUACCUGAGCCAGGUGGCGCGCCCUCCGCGCUACUCGCUGCUGGACGCCGUGCCAUGUAGCACGCCCCUGGCCCGCCUGACACUGGGCAUCUGCCACGAAGCCGUGCCCCAGUCGCGCGUGCUGGGCGCCGUGAACGGCGGCCUGGUGGCACUCUGCGCCUGCGACACCCGGCCGGUGUGGACCAGCGGGGACCCCGACAUGGCCGGGGUCCUCUUGGAGGCCCCGGUCGUCCCCUGCCUCGGCUUCGGUAUCGUGCGGGGGAUUGACAUGGUCAAUAAAAUGCUGUACUUGACAACUCCACUGCCUGUCAACGACAUGUCAAGAGUGAACUGCCUCCUGAUGGGUGCCGUGAGCCUCCCACCGUGUGUCAGCCUUGCCGUGGAAUCGGGCUCCGGACAAGUGCCGUACGUCGCCAAGGGAGGGGAGCAGCCCAUGGGCCGUGCAAUGCGUCGCGCUUUCAGGCCUCAUCUAACCACCGACCCUAGCACUGCUCCGUAAUUGUUCUGUGUGUACCUGGCUUCCGUGCAAGGCACGUAGCAGCGCUUGCCUUCUUGUGAACAUGCCUAUGGUUCAUUUUGGGAAAGAACCAGGAAUUGGGGCAAAGCAAAAAUUAAAAAAUAUUUAAAAUUACAAAAGAACGUAUGUAGUUUUUAUUAGUGCCUCGCUAGAUGUUUCUGGUACAGCUUUUUAACUCUUAAGACUUUUCUUGCAUACAGUGUCAUUAGGUCUUCAUUUCUGUCCUGAUAGUUUUUAUGCUCAGUUUUCUAGACUGAAGACUUCAGGUGUAAAUAGUGAUAACCCUCAAAAGAAUAAAAUUCCAGUUUCAAGUGGUGUUGCUUGAAGGUUUCUAUUUUCUGACUAUUUUACAAUAUAUGUAAUGGUUCUUGGAAAAAUGCAAAGAUCAAAGUUUCAUAGUAAAUUGGUCACUGACACUGUCCAUAAUUUAUAAGAAAUUUUAUUGUCACUAUUUACACCAAGGAAUUAAUAUUAUUGUUAAAACCUUCAUGUGAGAAGUUUGGUAGUAAAAGCCAUAUUUAACACUUGUUUGGGGAAGCAAUGAAGAUCUUUAUCAGCUAUCCACUUUUACAGAGAACCAGCAAUGUCAAUAAACAUAAAAAAUCUAUGCUUUUAGCAAAAUUAUCAUAAAGUUGAAGGGACCACUUUCAGAUUCAUACACUUAUUUUUUGGCAGUACUUAGUGGUUUAUUUUUUUGUAGCACAGACCAGACUAGCCAAUAUGUCUUUCAUUGCACUUGCACAUGUGUUAUAAUUGCUCCUUGCUGGCCUGCUGCUGAUUGCAAGAUACAAGUUUGUCAACUCAACCAUUUUGAGCCAAUCAAAUUUAAGGAUGGUGAGCACAGUGGAGGACUGUUCUAAUUUUAGCAAGCCUUUUAUUUAAUUGGUGCAUAUAUGUGAACAAGUUGUGGGAUCACAUUUGCAGAAGUUUCAAGAAUCAAGAGUUUGUUUUAAUCACAGUUGGACCAAAAGUGAAUGUAAAACCAAAUGAACAUUUCAGUAAUUGUUUCUUGAGUGUGUACACUUAAGAGCAUGUAGAAUUUUUAGGUUUUAACUGCUACAGUUUAUAUAAGCAAUACUUUUAAGGUGAUAUUAUUAACUUAGUUUUAAAACCUUUUUCUUGUUCCAAAAUUGAUUUGAAGAAUGUGCAGUGGAAUUGAAGGGAAAAAUUUGUCAUAUUUAUGGAGUCAACCUUUUCAAUGUUUCAUCUAGCACCUGUUAUCAUUUCUAUACAGUAGAAGCAGAGUUAAAAUGUCCAUAACACAA